GACUCUUUCCAUCUACCGAUACAUAUCGGCAGCUUUCUCUUGUCAUUCAUUGUGAUUGAGGGGAUUUGAUGAUUAACACAGGAGAAUGGCACGCGCCAGACUUUCGUUGCAGGACACAUAAUGCACCAUUUCAAACAAUCCUCAAUUAAACCCAAUGUUGCGAAUGCCCAAUACUAUUCAAUUAAUUAAUCAAGUUCAAAGCAUGAAUGUUAACGAUGGGUGGCGUGCUCCGUACCUAGGUUGAGACGUUCCAUACCUGUGUGGCGCAACAAUGUGGCUGCACGCGGUGUGGCAUCAAUUUACUCCACUUGAAAGAGGGGCGACUGGGAAUUUGACCUAAAAUGGAAAUCUGCACACUUUGAGGCAGGAGUUUGCGAUCAACAACUGGCAAAGUCAUGAGAUAUGUUGUUAUUAACAGUGACUAUAUAAGCUCCAUGGUUUCGCUUCAGCGCUUUAGUCGUGUAAUGUGACACGAUUUUUCAACGCACAAUCCGACUAACGCAUAUUACUACCUCCCACUAUCUUUCAUUUAACGAUGGCGUUCUCGGUUGCAUCAUCAUACGACAAGCUUCGAUUACUCCUUGAUGAUGCCUCGAAUGAUGCUUUGCCCGCACCCAAUGCCAUCGCGGUAGCCACUCAAUCCCUCGCCACAAGUCUCCCUGCGAUUGGGCUCGGGGAGGAAGCUACUGCAGCACAUCUUCUUUCAGAUAUAACUCCUGGCUUCAAUGGCCCCAAGACUUCAUCUAACUAUUAUGGAUUCGUCACUGGUGGUGUCUUCCCGAUUGCAGAAGUCGCUGACAAUAUUGUCACCGCCUUUGAUCAAAAUGUUCAAGUGCAUUUACCAGAUCAAAGCGUCAGCACCGCUCUCGAGGACAAGGCCUUGGGGAUGCUUGCAGAUCUGUUGAAUCUUGGAGAUGAAUGGAAUGGGAGAACUUUCACUACCGGCGCUACUGGGGCAAACACUCUUGGGCUGGCAUGUGGACGGGAAGCUAUAAUUUCUCGACGGCUCGAAAACAGAGGAGAGAGCAGAGGCGUUGGAGAAUUAGGGCUAAUUAUGGCCUGUAAUAGAGCUGGGAUCACGGAGAUUCAGGUCUUGACUGCCAUGGCUCAUAGUUCUAUAUACAAAUCUGCAAGUAUUGUUGGGCUUGGACGAGUUUGUGUUAAGGAUAUUGGGACCAGUCUGUCCGAGCCAUGGAAGAUUGACAUGGUUCUAUUACAACAAGAGUUGGCCAAAGAGAAAGAUGGAGUGGCUAGCAUCGUUUCUUUGAGUGCUGGAGAGGUCAAUACCGGAAGAUUUGCAACUGAUGGAAGGCACGAGAUGCAAAAAGUCCGUGAACUCUGCGACCGCUAUGGCGCCUGGCUACAUGUCGAUGGAGCUUUCGGGAUUUUUGCUCAGAGCCUUCCAGAUACUUCAGAAUUUGCAUCUCUGAGAGAAGUAUCCGCUGGUAUUCAGCUAGCUGAUUCAAUAGCAGGAGAUGGCCAUAAAAUGCUUAACGUGCCUUAUGAUUGUGGCUUUUUCUUCACAAGGACGGUGUCAAUACUGUCAUCUGUAUUUCAAAAUCCGAAUGCAGCAUAUCUCUCAUCUGGACCAUCAAGCAUUCCAUCACCUCUGAAUAUUGGUCUUGAGAACUCGCGCCGUUUCAGAGCUCUGCCAGUCUACGCCGUACUACUGGCGUACGGUCGUGAAGGCUUGAGUCAGAUGUUUGCUCGUCAAGUCAGAUUAGCAAGGGGAAUUUCAAAGUUUUUGGAUGCACAUGUAGGGUACGAACUGCUCGCCAAAAGCAAGUUUGGAAAUGAAAGUGUGAUUGAGAAUGCUCACAUCAUCGUUAUAUUCCGAGCUAAAGAUGACAGCACUAACAAUGAAUUGGUUAAGAGGAUUAAUGCAACCAGAAAAAUGUAUGUGUCAGGAACUAAAUGGGAAGAAAGAUCAGCCUGCAGAUUCGCAGUUAGCACGUGGAAAGUCGAUGUGGAAAGGGAUCUACAGCUGAUCCAAAAUAUCCUAGAUGACGUCCUUCAAGCUCAACAUUAAUAGCAUGAAUGAACCUCCCUUGUACCUCUUAACUUCAUAAUGGCUGUUGAAAUCCUGCGAGAGCCUACUCCUUCCUAGAACAAUAUCAAACAUCACUCACAGAUCUGCAAUAUGGGAAAUGGAGUCGCCUAUUGUAUUAUACCAGCUCGACCAGUAUCAUAAAGUAGGUUAUGAGUUUCGUGCUAGAUGGACCAUCGUAAAUUACUAUCCGAAAUCAUGUCAGGCAACGCGGCUAUCUCAUCUUAAUCUACGAAUAAGAUAAGUAAACUGCGGUUGCAUCUAUCUCAAGAAACGGAUCUAUGGUAUUUGGCUGCUUUGAAAGAAUUGUUGUCUUUAUUCAAAAAAGAGCAAUGGACUAUUUAUCUGUACGAAUUUUGCGACUGACGUUUGGUUUCUCAUCGAAUCUCAAAUUGCUAAAAUCGAACAA